UCAUGUGUUUAGUAUAGCAAUGGUGUUGACGUAGUCCGAUUUUACACAAAAAUUAUGACAGAGGUGGCAUAAAAUAUAAAAGGGCCUUCCAAAAACUUAAAACUCAGAACACUUUGGAAGCAAAGAAUUAUAAAAAGCUGUUGUCACGAUCUUUCUUGAAUUCUAUAUAAGUGAUUGUGAUCACGAUGAAGGGCUUGCUUUUACUUGCUCUUCUUGUUCACUGUGCAUAUGGUGCACAUGAUCUUAAUGAGGAGUACAGAUUCUCUGCUGAUCUGAGUCCUUCCUACAAACUUCACUGGAGUUUCGAUCUGCAAGCAGGAACUAUUGCGUUUGCAGUGAAUGUGAGCACCACGGGAUGGGUUGGCUUCGGACUGUCUCCUAAUGGACAAAUGCCCGGAUCAGAUGUGAUUAUCGGGUGGGUAGACCAAACUGGAGCAGUUCAAUUUAAGGACCGAUACGCCACUGGCAGAUUCCUACCUCCAGUGGACCUUAGUCAAGACUGGUUUCUGGUCAGCGGAGAGGAAGAAAAUGGCUACACAAUACUGGAGUUCACUAGGAACCUCACUUCUUGUGAUAUGAAUGACCUGAACAUAGAGGCUGACACAGCCAGGGUGAUUUGGAGCUAUCGCUCAAGUGAUCCAACCAGUGAGAGUGACAUUCGUGGACAUGAGGUGGCAGGCUCCACAAGUCUCAACCUUCUUGGAGGACUGCCUCAAGAAAGAGUAGAACCAAACUCUGCUGACUUUACCAUCCUCACUAGCAAUGUGACCAUUCCAGCUGUAGACACGACCUAUUGGUGUGUGGUCAGUGAAAUACCUUCUGAAGUCAGAGAACAAGAGAGAUACGUAUACAAGAUUUCUCCUGAGAUAUCAGCAAACAGUUCUGCAUACGUUCAUCAUAUCAUCAUCUAUCUGUGCAACGAGUUGAACAACACUUUCCUUGGAGACAGCUCUGUGUGUGAAGACACUCAUAUUGAUAUCAGAUCUUGCAGAGGAAGUGAAAUCAUUGCUGGAUGGGCAGUAGGAGGAGAGGAUUUUGUAUUCCCACCUGGAGUGGCUCUGCCAAUAGGUGGUGAAAACUCUAGAAGAUACAUCGUCAUUGAAAUGCAUUAUGACAACCCAGAUCUUCAAACAGGGGUUGUUGACAACUCUGGAAUUCGAUUCACGUACUCGAGCAAUCGUCCGGAACACGAAGCUGGGACGCUAGCCUUGGGUGGACCAAUUGACCCUCAUCUGAUCAUCCCACCAGGAACACCUGACUUCACAAUCAAUGCAUUUUGCUCUCGCGAAUGCACCCAAGCACAUCUACCUUCUGAGGGCAUUCAAGUGUUCGGAAAUUUGCUCCAUACUCAUCUUGCAGGACAUGGGUUGGUGGUGGAUCACUUUAGAGAUGCCGAGUGUGGACUCCUGGAGCAGCUGGAGCCUAUCGAUGAAAACAGACGCUAUGAUUUCAACUAUCAGCAAUACACCAUCCUACCCAAAACAGUUACUGUGUUGCCUGGAGAUGAACUAAAAUUAAGCUGUUUCUAUGGUACUUCUGACAAAUCUCAAGUAACACUGGGUGGUGAAAGCACAAGAGAUGAGAUGUGCUUCAGUUUUCUGUACUACUAUCCGAAAACUGAGCUGGAUUAUUGCGGCUCGUUGCCUGUUGCAGAUGCAUAUGAGGAAUUUGCAAGACAAUACGUAAACUCUUCAAUGCACAGCGAUCUUUUUUUUAGCCUUCUCAUUGGAAAUCACGAUGUUGCUCGACCAAUUCUGAACACUGUGGAAUGGAGUCAGGAGGCCAUUGAUGCUCUACAAAGGAUCUACCUUGAGAGCCCUCAGGGCAGCUAUUGCUCAAAUGGGAGUGGUUUCAUAUUCACGAAUAAUGAUGACAUCCCUAAUGCUGAUCAAUGUCCCUAUGUCUCCCCUGACAUUUGCACGGGUGAGCCUGGCUCUCAAGGAAGGUGCUGUAGCCAGCUGGGGUCAGGGUCCACCACACUCAGCCAACUGUCGACACUAGCUGUGCUAUUUAUUGUUCUGUCAAUCUCUUUGCUAUAAUGCAGACUAUAAUUUUAUGCUGAACUGAAGUUAUUUCUCAUAUAAUACUGUGUGCUCAGCUGUUUAUGAAAACUGAUAAGUUUUUUGUUUGAA